UCUUUGGAUGUGAGGACUUAGUGUGUUGUGUCCACUUUGAUGAACGAAAGGGUCUCGGAGUGCUGAAGCUGUGGUCCAACAAUCCUCAACUAAGUUGAUUUGUCUACUUUUUAAGAAAAACAGAGGUGCAUGUCUUUGUAGGAGUUGUACUAGCCAAGAGGAGAAAUAGCUAUUUUGGUUGUUUUCAUUAUUGUCCAAUGAUCACUUUGCUGUCUUUACUUUGUGGAGGAAGAAGGGAAGGUAGGUCAUAUCAGCAGCAAUAUUUCUAAAGUUAGCAGUGGUCUCUCUCUCCAGCCCUCUAGACUGUGGAGCGGGCUCCUCACACACACCUGUUGGUCAGGAUCCCCAGUCAGGAUGAGCGCAGCAGCAACAACAGCCAUAGGUGUCUGCACAGUCGUAGCCUAAGAGGAGAUCUGUGGAUCUGUGCAGCUGUUGUCUGUUCUGGAUUGGAAGCCUCUGUCUGUGGAUGUUACUGUAGAGGCUUAACCAGACUUGCCUCUGUGUCCUGGGUAGAGUGUGGAGAUGUCAUCUAUGUACCCCCGCACCAAGGAGCUGUCCAGGACUAGGAAGUCUCUGUCCGACUCACCACCCUCUUCACCCUCUCCUACCGCCAAGAACUUCAGACAUGACAGGGCAUCAAGGUUGGACUCUGGUGGUGGGGACAGCAGGGCUGAACCUCUGGGCAGAACCAGCUCCUACACACGCAGGGAAACCAGAUUGGCAGCGCUGAACAAGCAUGAGGACGACACCAGCUCCAGGGAUUACAAGAAGAUGUAUGAAGACGCUUUGGCAGAGAAUGACAAGCUCAAGUCCCGGCUGGAUGAUAGCAAACAGGAGCUGACCAAGAUACGCACCCAGCUGGACAAAGUCACCCAGAAACAGGACAGACUAUCUGAAAGAUCCACUGUACUUGAAUCAGAGAAAAGGGAAAAACAGGCUCUGGAGAAGAGGGUAACGGACAUGGAGGAAGAGCUCAAGGUGUUGACAGAGCUUAAAUCAGACAACCAGAGACUGAAGGACGAGAAUGGGGCUCUGAUCCGUGUCAUCAGCAAGCUGUCCAAGUAAGAGGUUGGAAGCCUCUGUCCAAAGUCAUAGUAUACUUCCCUCAAGCUUGCAACGUGUGUCACUAUCAUUGGCCUUCGGCACCCUCCCACCCUGAGACUGUACCAUGGUGCUCAAUGACACUUACCUGCCAACUGUUCUCAGAGGCAUGGUGAGGAACCGUCAAAUUCCUGAUGACCCCUGGCCUGACCCUUGACCUCCAUGUUCAUUGGCUCACUUCAUACCAGGAGGUCAAAGGUGAGAAGAAGAACACACAGCGUCCGCUCAAAGAGGGUGUUGAUCUUGGGUACAGUAAACUCUGUAGCUCCAGGCCAGAAAUCUCUAAUCAAUAACACAUCCACAUAUUUUACCUAUACAUCACAAACAUAUGUUGAUUUUGUGCUUCAGUGUGCACUGCUGAAAAAAACGACUGAAAAAACAAUCAUAGGUAUAACUUUUAUGACAUUGAUAACAUUACACAUUGUCAGUUGUUAUGAGGUGUUUAUAUCAUUAGUCUUUAUGAUUUGUAGUUCAAUUGAAGUCCAAAUUUCCAUCACAGACCAUUUUCUCUGAACUGCUCAUUAACCUUUUCCUGCUUUGAUUUUAGUGUGGCGAGACAGAUGUCACAUUUGUUGGAUAAUUUUAUAUAAUUUAUGCAUUUUUUUUCUCAAAUAUUUGUACUUAUACUCAACCAUAUUUUUACCAAUAUAUUAUUAAUAUGUAUCCUCUUUAAGCAUUUUAUGAAACAGUACCAUUAGUCCACAUAGUGCCUCACAUUAUGAGAUGGACAGCAUUUCUUUUUUUUCAAGUGAAACCUGUACAUGAUUUGUAAUGCAGAUAGCACAGGGCACAACACAGGGCUUCUUUAUCACAGGACGUCGGUGGCACCUUAAUUGGGGAGGAUGGUCUCGUGGUAAUGGCUGGAGCCGAAUCAGUAGGAAUGUAAUCAAAUACAUCAAACACAUACGCUCCAUUCCAGCCAUUAUUAUGAGCCGUCCUCUCCUUAGCAGCCUCCACUGCUCUUUAUGUAUACUACAUGCCUUUCCUGAAAGAACAAUACAGCUAUCUGUCUACACAUGUACUGUAAGUAUAUUUAAAGACAGUAUUUUACGUUGAAACAACUUUACCAUGGAAGUAUGUAUUAUAAGAGACCGGAAAAACUGAAAUGCUACUUGUACAUGUCUGUGGUUUGAUC